AUGGCGCCCAGAAACGACGAAUAUCACCUGGACGACAGGGACUCUAAGAUCAUCGUCGAGAAUCUCGAGGAUGUCUCAUAUCCAGAACACUCGUUGACUCAGUUUCCUCUCCUCCGGGAGAAGACACCCACUGAACUGGAGCAUCUGGACAAGGCUGUCCUAAUGAAACUGGACUAUUACUUCCUGCCUUGUGUGACAAUUAUGUUGCUCAUGAGCUACCUAGACAGAAUCAACGUAUCCAACGCCCGUCUAGCCGGCAUGCAGGACGACCUCCACAUGUCCGACACCGAAUGGUCCGCCGGCAUUUCCCUCUUCUAUGUGGGAUACAUCAUCUCUCAAGUUCCGGCAAGCGUCUUCAUCGCCAAAGGCAAACCAAGCAUAAUCUUCCCCUGCAUUAUGCUCUCCUGGUCUGCCGUCACAAUCUGCAUGCCGGCCCUUACCUCCGCCUGGGGCUUCUGUCUAUGUCGAUUCCUCGUCGGCGUGACAGAAGGCCCCUUUAUCCCCGCGGUCUCCUUGAUGACUUCAUCCUGGUACACGAAGAAAGAAUCCCCCUUACGCAUGGGCAUCUGGCACGCCGGGAAUAUCAUCUCUAAUGUAUUCUCUGGACUUCUUGCGGCAGCCAUCCUCACGAACAUGGAUGGCAUUGCACAUCUUCGUGCGUGGCAGUGGUUUAUCCUAUUAGAGGGGAUCGUCAGCAUUUUGGUAGCCUUAAUUGCAUUUUGGUUCCUCCCGAAUUUCCCCGAUAAUACUAGUCGACGGUGGUUCAGUGAAGAGGAAGCUGAAAUGGCAAAGUACAGACAGUUUGUCUCCGCGGGAGGGAUCCACGAGGAUGAUGAGGGUGGUCGCUGGACUGGGGUUUGGCUUGCCGUUAAAGAUCCAUUCACGUGGUUGUUUUCGGCGAUGCAUUUCGCGCUUAUUAUUGCACAGUCGUUCAAGGAUUUCUUUCCUUCAAUUGUCGCAACCCUCAACUUCUCCCAAGUCGAAACAUACCUCGUCCAAGCCCCACCAUGGGUGAUAGCCUACAUCGCCACCCUAAUCCUAUCAUGGUCCUGUGGCCGCUUCCUCAAACAUUGCUGGCACAUCGUUAUACCCAUGCUCAUCACCCUCGCGGGGACAGUGAUCAUGAUCUCAACCUUGAACAUCGGAGCGCGGACCGUUCGUUGGAUUGAACAUCCAAAUAUCCUGGGAAACCAGCGUCGUCCCCCGCCCGCGCACAAAACGAGCCGCCCUGGUGGCAAUCGCGAACUGCGUAUCGUCAGUCUCGCAUUGGUUCACGCCAUAUUUCUUCCUGACGUCGCAGGAGCCAAGUAUAUCUGUGUUAUGACUCAUUCUAUUCUUCCUUGUGGCAUUCAAUGA